CUACUCUUUCAGAUGGCUUCAGCUACAGCUACCUAUGGACAGAAGGAGUCCUCAGACCAGAACUUUGACUACAUGUUCAAGAUCCUCAUCAUUGGAAACAGCAGCGUGGGCAAGACCAGCUUUCUGUUCCGCUACGCUGACGACUCCUUCACGCCGGCCUUCGUCAGCACGGUGGGUAUCGACUUCAAGGUGAAGACAAUCUACAGGAACGACAAGAGGAUCAAGCUACAGAUCUGGGAUACGGCAGGGCAGGAGAGGUACAGGACUAUCACCACCGCUUACUACCGCGGAGCCAUGGGCUUCAUCCUCAUGUAUGACAUCACGAAUGAGGAGUCCUUUAACGCUGUGCAGGACUGGUCAACCCAGAUCAAGACGUACUCUUGGGACAACGCGCAGGUCCUGCUGGUGGGAAACAAGUGUGACAUGGAGGACGAGAGGGUGGUGGCAGCAGACCGGGGUAGGCAGCUCUCUGAACACUUGGGGUUCGAGUUCUUUGAGGCCAGUGCCAAGGACAACAUCAAUGUGAAGCAGACGUUCGAGCGGUUGGUGGACAUCAUCUGCGAAAAGAUGUCUGAGAGCUUGGACGCCGCCGACCCGGCCAUCACAGGGGCCAAACAAGGCCCCCAGCUUACCGAGCAGCCCGCAGCCCCCCAACAGGACUGUGCAUGCUAA